AUGGGAUCACCGGAAUUUAGGUGGGAGAAGGUGGUGGCCGUGGCGAGCACUCGCAGCGAGGAGGAGCUCCGGGACUCAGAAUAUUGGGAUAAUAUUGGUGAUAAAAUGGCUCAAGGAAAUGAUCCCAAAUUUGGUGAGAGAUGUUUUAUAGGUAGGAGCAUGAUCUGGCGGAGGUGCCCCGACCCGGGCUGCAAGGACGGCACGCUCCAGCCGGAGGCGUGCCGGGAUGUGAUCCCGACGCCGAUGUUCCAGCGGUGGGGCGCCACGCUCUGCGACAUGGCGCUCGAGGGGCUCAAGUUCUACUGCCCCUUCAACGACUGCUCGACGCCGCUGGUCGACGACCACCAGGACGGGAACUCGGUGAUAAGGGACGUGGAGUGCCCCCACUGCUCCCGCAUGUUCUGCGCCCAGUGCAAGGUGCCGUGGCACGACGGCGUCGACUGCGCCGAGUUCCAGCGGCUCGGCAAGGACGAGCGCGGGCGGGAGGACCUGCUGCUGAGGAAGGUCGUGCAGGAGAGCAAGUGUGGCCACCACUUCUGCUACCUCUACGGCUCUGCGAUGGUGAAGGGCAACCAUCGUUGCAGCAAAUGCCCGGUGCUACUUCAGGGAAGCAAGUUCAUCAUGUCAGUACUAUCAG